CAAAAUGUUAUUAAACUGUAAGCAAAAACACAUAUUGUGUUUUAGCAUUAUUGUAAGUAUUGUAAUGAAGGUUUCCACCAGUCAUCUGGAUAUAACCUCAAUUAAAUGUAAAAACUCAGAUACAACUUUCGCUAAUUUUACAAAAUGUUUCCACAAACGAAUAUCGCGUUGGAUAUCGGAAACCACAAUAAAUAUUACUUUUGCUCGUGAGAUACAUAAAAUUAUUGGAAAGAUUGGUUUGUAUAAACUUUCCAAUAAUAAAUAUAAUCAAUAUCUAUUCAAAGAAAAUACAUUCGAUGGCUGUAAAUUUUUAUUAAAACGUUCCAGUUAUCCCAUGGUGGACUAUCUAUACAAACAAAUUGAAAAGUAUACGAAUUUGAACCGUACUUGUCCACUGAAG